AGUAAGAUCCUCACCACCAAUCUCUCGUCCACUAUAUAAACGUGAUCACUUUGUGAUCUUCUCACAUUGUUUGGUGAUCGCUCGUCGUAUUCGCAUCUCUCAUCAAUUCUUCCCUCACUGGAAACAUCUAUUUUUUCGUGCUUUUUGAGUGGUGUUUAGUGACUCUUUUGAUCAGUGCUACUUGUGAAGUGUCUCCAAAUUGGGAUAUCACAAUUUUCGGAUUAAUCCUGUGUCCCACGAACGGAAUUGUUAAAAUGCAUCCGUCUUUUACGGCCUUGGUUGGCCUGCUAAUAUUAAGCUGUGUGGUGAUUAGAGCCGAUGACGUAAUUACGCGGAUAAAUGGCCUACCCGAAGCUGGUGACCUUAGGCCUGAUCUUCCCAAUGAUACACCCUUCUGGUGGAUGAACAACCGAUCACCCUUCAAGCGUGAGAGCGGAGGAUGUACCAAUGGUUGUGCUCCCACAACCAACGAACUCACAUUCUCUUCCAAUCCGUUCCUCGGUGGACGUGUUGGUGCUCCAGCUGGAUUCUCAGUACAGAGUGUCAAUCCUUCCUUCCCAGGAAGCCCUACUGGAUCCCACAAUGGAUACCUUCCACCCAAUCCUCAGCCUCCACGAACUGUUCCAUGCCUGGGAUCAGGACAGGUCUGUGUGGCCCGCCAUGCCUGUGCCAGUGGAUAUAUUCUUGCCCAAGAUGUUGCCACACUCGGUCGUAGCCAGGAGUGCAACGUAGAAACUGAAGUUUGCUGUGCAGUCCGCGUGCCAACAACAACACCACGGCCUACAACAACACGACUUCCGCCACCACCUCCACCAACUCCAGUUCCCUGCCUCGAGAGGAAUUACUUCUGUGUGGCUCCACAGGCCUGUCGCAAUGGUGUCAUCGUCUCCCAGAUGAAUACUCUUCAGCCGGUUCGUCAAUGCUAUGCUCCUGAAGUAUGCUGCCAAUUUGUCCAGGAACCAAGUGAGACGGUCACAAGGCCAAGUGUUACCUACCCUCAGGUGCCUACCAAUGAAAUCUCCGAUUCAACUGUUCUCACAGAUGAGGGUUAUGUUAUUAAGGUACCGGACAACCAGUACCUGCCCCAGAGGGAACCAUCUCCGGAUUCUCAGAACCCAAUUGUAGUCCCAUUCCCAACAACCACCUACCGUCCAGUCCCUAGCCCUACAACUCCCCAAUACAUCCCACCGUCACCAUCAACCCUGAGGCCAUACGUCCCUCCAGCUGUUUCCAGCACAACCCAGAGACCCGUUGUCAUUCCAUCAAGUACACCCCAGUACCUGCCUCCUUACAAGGGUGAUCAGUAUAUUCCUCCAGUUGAUAGGGAGGGUGAGCCUUCUAACCCACAGUCUAACAAUAUCCUGCCACCUCAGCCUAGUCGACCAACAAGACCACCCCCACAGCGUGGUGAGAACCAAUUGGCCGAACCAAUUGUUCCUGUUGGAUGCCCUGCUGCCAUGAACUGCACAGAAUAUCAGUACUGCGAUGUCAAGGGUGUCAUCUCCACCACUCCUGUAGUCUUGACCAAGGACCAGGAACUUUUCAGGGUUCCCUUGACCGAUUGUGUUGACCGCAAGAGAGGCUUCCAGGGCAAGUGCUGCCGUGAUCCAAACUACGUUGACCCUUGGCCAGUAGGUCAAUUGGGACAGUACAAUCCUCAGAUCCUCAACGCCGCUUUCGACGAUGGUGCCUACCGCCCUGAGAAAUACCGCACAAAUGAGAACACCGUUAUCCGUGGCUCCUCACAGCUUAGCCGACCAAUUGCAUCCGGCGCCAGUGUCAAUCGCCAAGUACUCACGAGUCAGCAAACGCAACAGAUCAGCAACAAUGUCUACGUUGACAGAUUCCCAGUCGCAUCGGGAGCAUGUGGCACGAGAAACUUGAACACUCAGCCACGUGGUGCUGGACCUCUGGACACCGGCUUCGGUGAAUUCCCAUGGCAAGCAAUGGUCCUUCUGGAGACCAACCGAUCCCUACUCUGUGGUGGUGCCAUCAUCGAGAGAGACGUUGUUGUGACUGCUGCUCAUUGUGUUUCUGGGCUCAAUCCUCGUGAUGUGAUGAUCAAGGCUGGUGAAUGGCGUCUUGGUGUUGAUGAGGAACCCAAAACCUUCCAGAUUGUUCGAGUGAAAGCCGUCACUUUCCAUCCUGCCUACAAUCCAACGAAUCUCAACUCGGACGUGGCUCUCCUGCAUCUGGAAGAGAAGCUGCGCUACGACACCCAUAUCGGACCCAUCUGCGUUGAUGAUGAAUACGUGACAAGUGCAUCCACAACUGACUGCCUGACCACCGGAUGGGGCAAAGAAGUCCUGAGAAUCAACAUCCAAAAUGCUCUGAUGCACUCCGUUCCGGUUCAAGUUCUUCCCGAUGGUGAUUGCCAGGCAGCUCUCUCUGGAUACGGAUUCAACUCUCAGACAGGAGUGUGUGCUCGUCCACGAGCUGACUCAUGUGAGACAGAUGUUGGUAGUGCUCUGGCCUGUUCCAAUGGCAAAGGAAGCUACGUUCUCCGUGGUAUCUAUUCCACUGAAACCGAAUGUGCCAGUUCUAACCAGGUUGUCUCAUUCGCCCGUGUGGAUACUCAGUGGCUGAGACAGGCCCUGACCUCUCCACAACCCCAACCCACUCAUCAGACUGUCCAAACUGUCCACUAUGACUCACAACCAAAUAAUCCUCAACAAGUGAUAACGCAGGGUCCAGCGUACUUGCCACCACAUCGAAAAUAAUUUCAAAUGAAAAAUCAAACAUUUAUGUAAUUAAUUGAAAUUUUCCAUUCCAAAAUCUCUCUAUACUGUCCCCUCCUGCCCAUUCUGUAUAAUUUUAAGGAGCUACCUUUAGAGAGUCUUAGGUAACUAUCUCUUCAAUUUUUAAUUUUACCAACAGAGAUUACACAAGUACACGAAAAAGAACUACAUUUUUACACACACACAAAUAUUACAUAGAAAAAAAUACUCAAAAAAAGAAGAAAUCAUUACACUCUUAAUACUCUCUUCUGUGGAGAUUUGUAUCAAGAUAUUUUUUUUUGUUACUUUAUAUACUCUUUUGCGAGGAAAAAAGCAAGAGAAAACUCCCUUUUUUGGAUGACUCUCCUCAAGAUUUUACAUUCACAGCGAAUAAGAAAAUAAUUAGAUAAAAUCCCUUUAAUAUUGCAAUGUGAAAAAAAGUUUUUGAGGAUUGAUGGUGAAAAUUGAAAAGUAUUUCCUGAAUUUCAAAUGUUUAUUAGAAUUAAGACUUAUUAUUUAAUUUCUUCUUAAAUACUAUUUAAAGUAAUAAAGUAAAUACAAAUAUUA